UCCCCCCCAGCUCGAUCUCUCCCCUCAGAGGCGGCGAUGCUGACAGGCGACGAAGAGGAGGCGGCGGCCGGAGGGGGCGCGCCUCCCCUCAGCCCCGCCGCCUCGCCCUCCGCGGCCGCCGCCCUCCUCAUCCCGGCGGAGGAAGAGGAAGAGGAGGAGGAGGGGGGAAAGGGGGAGGAGGAGGAAGAGGAGGAUGAAGCCGAGGCGGAGCGCGAGACCCGGCAGCGCUACGAGGAGCUGUGCGGCAGCCUCAACAUGGACGAGCGCGCCCGGGCCGAGGCCUGGCUCAGCUACCAGGGCAUGAAGCGCAACUACACCCUGGAGGGGAACAGUCUCCAUUGGCUAGCGUGCUCCUUGUAUGUGGCUUGCAGAAAAGCUGUCCCAACUGUUAGCAGAGGAACUGUUGAAGGAAACUAUGUAUCCUUAAUCAGAAUAUUGCGCUGCUCAGGACAAAGUUUGAUAGAGUUUUUUAACAAGAUGAAGAAAUGGGAAGAUAUGGCAAAUCUACCCUCUCAGUUCAGAGAACGUACCACGAGAUUAGAAAGGAACUUUACAGUUUCUGCUGUAAUUUUUAAGAAGUAUGAACCCAUUUUUCAGGAUAUCUUCAAGUACCCUCAAGAAGACCAACCACGUCAGCAGAGAGGAAGAAAGCAAAGGAGACAACCUUGCACAGUUUCUGAGGUUUUUCAGUUUUGCUGGGUGCUGUUUGUUUAUGCAAAAGGCAAUUUUCCCAUGAUCAGUGAUGACUUGGUCAAUUCCUACCAUCUUUUAUUAUGUGUCCUGGAUCUAGUCUAUGGAAAUUCUCUGCAGUGCCCAAAUCGUAAGGAGCUUCUGAAUCCCAGCUUUAAAGGGUUACCUGAAGACAGUCAGAGUAAAGAUUAUAAGCUGUUGUCUGAGCCUCCCUGCAUCAUUGAAAAACUCUGCUCCUUACAUGAUGGUUUGCUUCUGGAAGCCAAGGGCAUCAAAGAGCAUUUCUGGAAACCUUAUGUGAGGAAACUUUUUGAGAAAAAGAUUCUGAAGGGAAAAGAAGAAACUUUGACUGGGUUUUUAGAUCCUGGGAAUUUCGGAGAGAGCUUCAAAGCCAUCAACAAGGCCUAUGAGGAGUAUGUAUUGUCAGUAGGAAAUCUAGAUGAGCGGAUAUUUCUUGGAGACGAUGCGGAUGAGGAAAUAGGAACUCUGCGGAAGUAUUUAAACACAUUUUCAGGAAUGGAAACAGCAGAAAGAGUGCAAAUGAAACACCAUCUGCAGGAGCAUUUUGAACGUACAAAAUCAUUUGGAAUAGCGACACCUCUUACUGGCCGAAAGUAUAUAAAAGAGAACGACCCUUGUGUGAGUCCCAUUUCCAUCGCUACGUACAGCUUGACUCGGCUUCAUACAAUGCUGACAGGGUUGAAAAACGCCCCUAGUGAGAAUCUGGAGCAAAUUCUCAGGGCAUGUUCUAGAGAUCCUUCUAUGUCAAUUGCCAACAGAGUGAAAGAAAUGUAUGAAACUUACUGUCAGAGGACACAGUCUCAGGGAGACCCUGGCACCUUUUCCAAAGAUAUUGUUGGAAAACACUUCCGUCUUGCUGAAGUCCUCUACUAUAAAGUGUUAGAAUCUGUCAUUGAACAAGAGAAGAGAAGGCUAGGAGAUGCUGACUUAUCUGCAAUACUGGAACAUGACGUGUUUCACAGAUCUCUACUGGCCUGCUGCCUUGAAAUAAUUAUUUACUCAUACAAGUCGGCUGAAAGUUUCCCAUUAAUCACUGAUAUAUUUGAUGUCCCCGCCUUUCACUUUUAUAAGGUAAUAGAAAUUCUAAUUAGAGCGGAAGACGGCCUUUGCAGAGAAGUGGUCAAGCACUUGAAUCAUAUUGAAGAGCAGAUUUUAGAGAGCCUGGCGUGGAAAGUGGAAUCCCCACUCUGGGACAAGAUCAAGGAGAAUGAAAAUAAAGUUCCUACCUGUGAAGAGGUAAUGCCAUCUCAGUAUUUUGAGAGUUCAAAUGGGAACAGUGUGUCAGGUUCUCCUUUAACUCCAAGGAGAAUAAAUGAAGUUCGUGCUGAAAGUGGAUCACUGGGAAAGGGACUUGCAUCUUCUCCAACCACACUGUACGAAAGGUACAGCUCUCCUGCCGGUAACCCUACUAGAAGAAGACUCUUUGUUGAUAAUGAUACUCCCACAGACGGCACUCGAACCCCCGUGAGGGUCUCCCAGCAGCCUGUGAUCGGAACUAUGCCUGUGCAGAAUGUCUCCCCAGAUACGAUUCCUGUCACUCCAGUGCCCGGGCAGACUCUAGUAACUGUGGCAACAGCAACUGUAACUGCAAAUAAUGGACAGACAGUUACAAUACCAGUGCAAGGCAUUGCCAAUGAAAAUGGAGGAAUAACGUUCAUCCCAGUGCAGGUCAACGUUGGUGGGCAGGCUCAGCCGCUGUCCGGCUCCAUCCAACCUCUCAGCGCACAGAGCCUCGCCGGGACUCUGAGUGCUCAGCAGAUGGCGGGGGCAACUUUACAGUUACAAGGCCAGGUUGCUGUUCCACAGGUGGCAGUUUCUGGAGACCAGCGGACAAAGCAGCAGCCGGGUGGCAGCUGUGCAAAAUCCCGCAAGGCCGGCUCACUCUCACUCUUCUUUAGAAAGGUGUUCCACUUGGCAAGUGUCCGUCUGCGGGAUCUUUGUCUGAAGCUGGAUAUUUCAGAUGAUCUGAGGAAGAAGAUCUGGACAUGUUUCGAGUUUUCCCUAGUACAAUGCUCUGAGCUCAUGAUGGACCGGCAUUUGGACCAGCUGUUGAUGUGUGCUAUUUAUGUAAUAGCAAAGGUCACAAAGGAAGACACAUCAUUUCAGAACAUCAUGCGCUGCUAUCGGACCCAGCCACAGGCUAAGAGCCACGUGUAUCGAAGUGUUUUAAUUAAGGGCAGGCGACGAAGGCGUUCAGGCAGCAGCGACGGUCAACACAACUCUCAAACUGAAAAGAGUAAGGAUAGAACGAGCAGAGACUCCAGUCCAGUGAUGAGGUCUAGCAGCACGUUGCCAGUUCCCCAGCCCAGUAGCGCCCCCCCGACUCCAACACGUCUGACAGGGGCCAACAGUGAUCUCGAGGAAGAAGAACGUGGGGACCUGAUUCAGUUUUAUAAUAAUGUCUACACAGGCCGAAUUAGAGACUUUGCCCUGAAGUAUUCCCCAGCCAAUGGAGCUGAAGCUCCCCCCUUGUCUCCAUACCCUUUUGUAAGAAGCAGCUCUCCACGCAAAAUACAGCUGUCUCAGAACCACUCGAUUUACAUCUCCCCUCACAAGAACGACUCUGUGCUUUCUCCACGAGAGAAAAUAUUCUACUACUUCAGCAGCAGCCCAUCCAAGAGGCUUCAAGAGAUCAACAGUAUGAUCAGAACUGGGGAGACGGCCACAAAGAAGAGGGGCAUCGUCCUGGAAGAGGGGGCUGAAUCGCCAGCCAAGCGCAUGUGCCCCGAAAAUCACACCGCUCUCCUGCGGCGACUGCAAGAUGUGGCCAAUGACAGGGGGGCUCAUUGACUUCGAGCCGGCGAAGCUGGGGUUGACUUCUGAUCCCUCGCCAGUAGCGACAGAGCCUGUAAAACCUUUCCUGCUUUUGAGGCACUUUCCAUGGAGUAAUGAGGCAUUUUUUAGCUCUCGUGGGAAGGGUGGGGCCGUUUCUGUCACCCAAGAAACUGCAGCGCACGCGAAGGCUUGGGCUUCCUCUGCAUCAGGUGGGAGUGCAGUGCUAAUCCCAGUUCGGUGGGGCGUAGAGACUUGCCUCCAUGUCGAUGCUGGAACAACAGACCGUCCUGCCUCCCGAUUCAGUGUAUGUACGGAGAAUGUUUUUAGCUGGGAUUAUUUUUUAAUUACCAACUUUUUGACUUAUUGGCAAAAAUGCUAAGUGUGCCUAGUCCAGUAGGAACCGGUGUUUUAAUGGCCAGCUUUUUUCCCCAUCAGAAAGCAUUAUGUUUGUGUUUUUAAGCUGUGCGCUGAACCUAGCGUUGAUGGACCUGGAAGAGGUAGUAUUGCAAAAAAGAUAAUCACUUGACUUCCAAAUCUCUUGUUUUCAGUCUAAUGAUGGAAUUGGCUCUUGUGACUUUUAACUAUCAGCCCCAGACAACGGCCGGUGCAGCUGUUUUCUAAAACUCGCGAGUCCCAAGAGCUUCAGCACUCUUGAAGGGUCGUCGUUAAGACCACAUCAGAGCAAAGCAGGCGCGGCAGCAGUCCUUUGGAGGAAAAACAAAAAUGAAGCCCGUUCCUUCUUCCCUAGUGCUCUUAGGGAUUAACGUAGUGUUAGGGUGCUUUAUACACAUUCAUUGUGGUAUAUCGUUUUUAGCUGUGCAAUGGUCAAGUGAACUCUUGGGCAGAGAGCUCUGAAGCAGAUUAGAGUUCAUCUUACUGUCUACUUACAACAGCACUUUUUAAAAGAAUAUAUUUUAAAUCGCCAGAUCCUAAGACGACGCACGUUUUCUGUGUUAAAUGGCCUAAAUGUAUUUAUUUUGAGGAUGCCGUAGUUACGCUUAAAACUUAGAUAUAUUCA